ACAAGCAGGACCACAAGCACGCGCCGCGCGACAACAAGCCGCCGCUCGCGCAGGGCAAGGGCGCGCAGCGGCCGCUGCUGGGCCCGCGGUGAGUGUCACACACCACAAGCAGGACCACAAGCACGCGCCGCGCGACAACAAGCCGCCGCUCGCGCAGGGCAAGGGCGCGCAGCGGCCGCUGCUGGGCCCGCGGUGAGUGUCACACACCACAAGCAGGACCACAAGCACGCGCCGCGCGACAACAAGCCGCCGCUCGCGCAGGGCAAGGGCGCGCAGCGGCCGCUGCUGGGCCCGCGAUUCAAGCGUGGUGGGAACAACCAAGAUAACAACCAGACGAACAACCACAACCAGAACAAGGGGCAUAACAACAACAUGGGCAACAAGGGGCCUAACAACCGCCGCAACUCGCACAUGGAGUCGCGCGGCUACGGGGCGGGCGCGGGCGCGGGCGACGAGGGCUGCGCGGAGCCGGCGCUGCUGCCGCUGCCCUACAUCCCCUACCCGCCGCCCAUCUACCCCAUCCCCUACUACCCCAUCGACUCUGAUCCCGCCAUGAUGGGCAUGAUGGGUGGUAUGGGCUACGUGGGCUACGAAGAGGGGGUGGAAUACGCGGCGCCCAUCCAGUACUACCCGCCGCACUACCCGCCGCCGCCGCACCACCCGCCGCCGCACCAUCCGCAACAUCCGCAACACCCGCAACACCCGCCGCACCACCAGGACAACAAGUGAACUGUCACUGUCACUGUCACUGCUAGACGCCGCUCUUGAGUUUAUGCUUACGGAUUUUUAGUUAGGUUACGAAACAACGCACAAAAUUCUAGUUAGGUCCGCAUUUGCGCGGCGCGUCACGAAGCGUCGAAUUAUUCUUUCAGUCAUUCUUGAGUAUGUCGCGUUAUAGCGGCGCUGCAAUGAGCGUAGCACGGUUGCACGAGAGAAUAUUUCGAUUUGUGCCACGUAGCGCCGCGCAAAUGCGGUCCGACCUUUAAUCUCGGUCAUACAUUUUGUGCUGUAAUGAGGGUUUUCGAUGAAAGAUCCGCUAGAUGGCGGGACGUGGAUGUGGGGUCUGACUGCUGCGUGAUUGGUGGAUUUUGACAUAUCUGUCAAUGUCAUGUCAAAAAUAACCAAUCAUGCAGCAUUUGGACCCCGCGUCUACGUAUUGCCAUCUGGCGGAUUUUUCAUUCGCGAAAACCCUCAUUGGGUUGACAUUCAACCUAUCAAGUCUCAAUCUAUGAUUGAUAUUGAAUCGAGUUUUCACCGUUGUUUUGUAAUACACUCCUUAGUUACGCGCAUUCUGAACUGAGUGUCUGACAGACCGCUACCGUCAAAAACGAGUUUUAUCAUCCCUUUUAUUAGUCUUGGGAUAUUGAGAUUGUGUAUAAAUAAUCUCGGUAUCCCGAUAAUGUAGAUGUUAACUAAAAUAAAAGAUAAAGAUUCUUCUUCUGGAUGUAAUGAUAAUGAGAAUAUAAUGAAAAACUUCAAUCUGACACAAAUCAUUAUUUAAGUCUAAAAAGUGUUCUUAAAAGUAAAUUCUUUGUGCUAACUUCUAUUCUAAAACUAAUUGAUCAAAUCAAAAAUAACAAGUCAAUUCAUACAAAUGCAUAAAUUAUACUGCGGUUUUCUACCGCCUACGGUAAUACGGUAAGCGGUCUGCUUACAGCUUCUAACGAAUGCUGCUAAACUUGAAGGCUGUAGUAAAUUGAGGGAAGAUAACGAAAAAAUUUUAAAACCUUUUUCUUCCUGCAGUCUUCCCGUAAUAAGAAAACGCAUUUGCGUUGCACUAGUUCAGAAUGCGUGUGUCAUAAUUUAGUUAUAAUAAAAAAAAACUGUUUUGAUCUUAUCCGAAGUUAUUUUAUUGAGUUUCACAUAUUUUGUUUCCUUCUAUUACAUGUCGAAAGGCCUGUGACAGAAAGAGAGAAAUCAAAGUAAAAGUUGUUAUAAACUGACUAUCAUAUUACGAUUGAUUUAACCACUGCACACUGGUCUGUUAUAAAAGUAAUUUUCAACCGACUUCAAAAAAAAGGAGGAGGUUCUCAAUUCGACCCGUAUGUUUUUUUUUGGAAUGAAGAUAAUUCAGACGAAACAACUGCGUAGUCAGUUUAUUACGAUCUAUAACAGCUAAGUUACUUCUUCAUCAUUAAAAUAAAAGUACAUCACAUAUACUUCAAUUAGUUAAUUAUACAUUUAAAUAAUGUAAUCAUAAACUCAACGAAUAGUGUCGAACUCAAGAUGAUUUUCAUUUAUUGAACAACACUCCACACUACACCACUUCAACUAUAUCGACAAUUGAACAUCUAGAAACGUAAUGCUCACUGCGCCAAGUCGUUUAUAAAGAGGGGUCUGGCUCUAGCAUUUAAAGUUAAUUUGAAGUGGUGUAGUUGUGGUUGAAAAGUUCAUAAAACAGGUUACCGAUUGAAAACACCCCUGAAUUGCAAACUACUUUGUCAAUAUGUGAACUGUUUUAAGAACUUAAUUACGUCGCUAUUAUGAAAAGUUUAACGUCAGCAUCACGCAAAACUCGGGAUGUAUUCAGUCGGUAUCCACCUUAACAUUAGGCGAUUGUUUUGUAGUUACAAUUAGCUCAAACCAUUUUAGAUUUAAUUAAAAAUUCAUUAAUGUAAAACGACCAAUUUUUAAAUUAGUUAAGUUAAAAUAAGUACACCGCUAUAUUUUAUGCAUUUACAUUCUCUAUUAAGUAAAUAAUUAUUAAAAAGUUUAUCGCAUAAUGUUGUGAAAACAGUCGCCUUUUGUCUAUUCCUUUGGGAACUGGAUCUUUUCGGUUCAGUUGUUCAAUACAACGACUACGCUCAACGAAAACGGUAUACGAUUUAGGUAAUUUCCCUCUGACCGAUAUUUUACACGUCGAGAAGUUUCACGGCUUUCCCGUCAGCGGGGGUUACCCUGUGCCGUGUGUGGCGCACUACGCAUAGUGUGUACGUUGGUCAAUUAUUCCGGCAAUAAUAAGUCAAAACUUUACUUACAAAAUUUACCGAAGAUUAAAGUAGUUUCGUAGUGGAUCACACACGGCACAGAGCCACGCGAUAUUAUUAUACGAAAGAAGAGUA